AUGUGCUGGGGGGUGCAUUCAAUAGUGCUACUCUUUGCUAGUGUCUCUGAGAUCUCACCGCUUGCUGUCCUCUUCUACCGCCUGUUUAUCGAGUCCCUCACUUCAUGUUCCAUCACGGCCCUGCGCAAUGAUUUCUCGUCGGCAACUGCUAUUGUGUUCUUGAGGCGAGUGCAGGGUACUGGUGUUCAGGAGGGGUGUCAGAAGGAUGACGGAGGGUGCAAGAAGGUAGCGGGAAGGCUAGGACGCACUGAUGGUGCUGGAAAUGAAUGCACAGAACUUCGAGGUGACAUGAUCGAUAACCACGCACAUAGAAAACUUGGACACAGCUCCGGUCACACACACCAGUAG